UUCAUAGUAACUUCACACUUUUCGACUUAUUAUAGCUUUGAAUUUAUCGCUCAAACACUAUAUUUGUGAAUAUCUGUACAGUUUAAUACUCCUAUGCAGGUAUAAAACUAUAUUUUGACUCUGUGUAAGCAUAUCUAGAAAAAAAUCUUAAGAAUCCAUACAAAACUUUUCUUUUGAUAAUUAAAGCACCGAAGCUAAAAGUGCAUUUUUAUGUCCUUGUGGUUUAAUUUGAAUCAAUAGUAUGAUAUCACCUCGUGUCGCUUACGAAUCGUAAAGUAUUAAUGUCCCCAUGUUAUCUAUGUCAAUGACGAUGAACUGUGUUUCAAUGGAACAUUCGUACCCAGUAAUUAAACCGUCUAGAAUGUUACAGAAACUGAUAAAGGCGAUAACAAUAAUCAAGUUAUAAAAGUAUUCAGUUAAUUAUUAGCUAUUGAAAAUAUAAAAAAUUGGAUUAGAUAUAAAUACUUUUAAUAAAAGUAUUAUUGCCAUAAUUUUUAGAUACAUGUUAUAAUAAAACAUGUCGAAAAAGAUAGCUAUAGUGACAGGAGCCAAUAAAGGACUUGGGUUCGCCAUAGUUAAGGGUCUUUGUGAGAAAUAUGAUGGAAAUGUAUAUUUAACAUCACGAGAUGCCAACAGAGGACGAGAUGCGUGUGAAGAAUUGAAAAAACUAGGAUUAGAUCCAAAGUACUAUCAACUAGACGUCACUGACUACGACAGUAUAACAAAAUUUUAUAAUUUCAUAAAAGAAAAACACGGCAAAAUUGACAUUCUUGUAAACAAUGCUGGAAUACUUUAUCUGAAAGAUGCCAAGGAACCAAAAUUACAUCAAGCAGAACAAACAAUCUUGGUAAAUUUUACAGCUUUAGUUAAUUUUUGCGAAGCUAUGCUGCCUAUGAUGGAAAAUGGCGGGAAAAUUGUUAACAUAUCAAGCUCUUCGGGACAUUUAUCUCGAAUACCGUCAGAGAAACUGCGCAAAAUAAUUAGCUCGCCUGAUUUAUCUUUAGAAGUAUUAAGUAAACAAAUUCAUAAAUAUGUAGAGGCUGUAAGAGACAAUAGAGAUAUAGAAGAGGGCUGGGGAGAAUCUCCAUAUGUCGUUUCCAAGGUUGGAGUCAACGCUUAUACUUUCAAUUUACAUCGCAGAUUAGCAAAUAGAGGUAUCAUGGUUAACUGCGUGCACCCCGGAUAUGUGAUGUCGGAUAUGACGCGAGGCGGCGGCAACGUAUCCCCGCAGCAGGGUUCCGUGCAGCCACUACGGCUGGCGUUGGAGCCCAUGGGAAGCGGCCUCUACUUGUGGCACGACGGCACGGCCGUCUCGUGGCACGGGCCUGACCCGAGAGGGUACAUAGAUGGGAGACUAUAAUUGGGUCUUAGGACUAUACAUAGUUUUGAAAGUAGUGAAAACUAUUAUAAAUUAAAUUAAAAGGCCAACAACGCACUUGCAAUUCCCCUAAUCUUGCGGGCGCUUAUGGGCGGCUGUAAUGACUUACCACCAGGUGAGUCACCAGCUCGUAUGUUCCCUAUUCUAUAUAAAAAAGGUAGUUUCAACAAUAUGGUAAAAUAACCGUGAUCCGCGACAUCUUAAGGCUCAAAAUCAUUUAUUUCCAUAGGAACUUUUGCCCUCUUGUGCACGUCAUAUUUUUUAUACCUACCGUCUACUUUUUUUGAUAAACGACUUAGUAUGUAUUUACCUGUGCUUCUUGUGUGCCGUAUGCGUAGCGUUUUUCGUUGGACUAUCUAGUGACGGUAGCUGAACAAACUGCAGACGUCUACCGACAUUGACAUCACUGUAUUUGAAUUAAGCCGUUACUUGUGCAACCCAAUCUAAACGGGA